GAGGUCACAACAUAAGGAAGAUUCUUAUCGCAAACCGAGGAGAAAUUGCUUGCAGAGUGAUGCGAACAGCAAAGAAAAUGGGUGUGAAGUCUGUAGCAGUUUAUAGUGAAGCAGACAGAAAUUCCAUGCAUGUAGCAAUGGCAGAUGAAGCAUAUUGCAUUGGUCCAGCACCCUCACAGCAGAGUUACUUGGCCUCAGAAAAAAUAAUGCAGGUAGCUAAGGCCUCAGCAGCUCAGGCUAUUCAUCCAGGUUAUGGUUUUCUGUCGGAAAGCACAGAGUUUGCAGAGUUGUGCAAGCAAGAAGGAAUCAUCUUCAUAGGUCCACCUUCGUCUGCCAUCAAGGAUAUGGGUAUUAAGAGCACUUCCAAAGCUAUAAUGUCUGCAGCUGGCGUUCCUGUUGUUGAAGGGUAUCAUGGAGAAGAUCAGUCAGAGGAGUGUCUAAAGGAACAUGCCAAAAGAAUAGGAUAUCCAGUAAUGAUUAAAGCUGUUCGUGGAGGUGGAGGAAAGGGCAUGAGAAUUGCUCACUCAGAAAAGGAGUUUCUGGACCAACUAGAAUCAGCUAGGAGAGAAGCAAAGAAGUCUUUCAAUGAUGAUGCAAUGCUGAUUGAGAAAUUUGUAGAUAAUCCAAGGCAUGUUGAAGUCCAAGUAUUUGGUGACCAGCAUGGCAACGCAGUGUACUUGUUUGAAAGAGACUGCAGUGUGCAAAGGAGACAUCAGAAGAUCAUUGAAGAGGCACCAGGGCCAGGAAUUAAUGCUGAAGUUCGAAAGAGACUUGGAGAAGCUGCUGUCAAAGCAGCUAAAGCAGUUAAUUAUGUGGGAGCAGGAACAGUGGAAUUUAUUAUGGACUCCCAACAUAAUUUUUACUUCAUGGAGAUGAAUACCAGACUGCAAGUAGAGCACCCAGUUACAGAGAUGAUCACUGGAACAGACUUGGUUGAAUGGCAGCUUAGGGUAGCAGCAGGAGAGAAGAUUCCCCUAAUGCAGGAAGAGAUUCUGCUCCGGGGCCAUGCGUUUGAAGCUAGAAUAUAUGCUGAAGACCCUAAGAAUAACUUUAUGCCAGGGGCUGGGCCAUUGCUGCACUUAUCCACCCCACCACCAGAUAGUUUCACCAGGAUAGAAACUGGAGUCAGACAAGGUGAUGAAGUUUCUGUUCAUUAUGAUCCAAUGAUUGCAAAGCUAGUUGUUUGGGCUGAGGAUCGUCAAGCAGCACUGAGAAAGUUGCGAUACAGUUUGCAUCAAUAUAAUAUUGUAGGAUUAAGCACUAAUAUUGACUUUUUACUGAGUCUGUCAGGACACCCACAGUUUGAGGCUGGAAAUGUGCACACUAAUUUCAUUCCUCAACACCAUCAUGAACUAUUUCCAACCAAAAAGGCAACCCCACAUGAAGUUAUGUGUCAGGCAGCUCUAGGACUCAUACUGAAAGAGAAAAUGCUAACUGAAGCUUUUAGAGAUCAGUCAGAUGAUAAAUUCUCACCGUUUGCAUCCAGCACUGGUAGGAGACUAAAUAUAUGUCAUACUAGAAAGCUGUCUCUGCUGGAUGGGGAAAACACUGUGGAAGUAGCUGUAACUUACAAUCAAGAAGGGUCAUACAACAUGCAGAUUCAAGAUGAAACUUUCUUGAUUUCUGGAGAGAUCUUCAAUGAAGAUGAUUCGGUUUACUUGAGGUCUUCAGUAAAUGGAACAGUGUGUAAGUCCAAAUUGGUCAUUUUGGACAACACAAUUUAUCUCUUCUUUCCGGAAGGUAGUGUUCAGAUUGGCCUUCCUGUACCCAAGUACUUAUCUGCCGUGACUUCAGUGGGAAUGCAAAGUGGUGCUGUAGCACCCAUGACAGGCACAGUUGAAAAGGUGUUUGUGAAAGCAGGGGAUAAGGUUCAGACUGGAGACCCUCUGAUGGUUAUGAUAGCUAUGAAAAUGGAGCAUACCAUAAGGGCUCCAAAGGCAGGAGUGGUAAAAAAGGUUAAUUUCCAAGAAGGUGCCCAGGCCAACAGACAUGCUCCAUUAGUUGAAUUCAUGGAUGAAGAGGCAGAAACAAAAUGAAGUUCAAGGAAGCUGCAUUUUAUUUUUUCUACUUUGCUGAUUUUCUUUCAGGAGGAGAUUUCUUCAUAUUUUGAGCAAACUGUUUUGUGUAGUAGAUUGGGGAAUUGGUUUCCUCAGCACUUCCUGCAUAGUUUGACAGUAUAUUAUGGUGACUUUACUGAAACUUGGAUACACUGUACUGUAAUCGUAUAAAUAACUUGUGGACCUAUGUGAUUGUUGUUCAGUGUUUAUGUUUGUCUGUGAAAAGGCAUUACACUGGAAGAUGUGGAACUCAUACGGUAUGGGAGAGGUUAGUUAGGACUGUAAGUUACACACAGCAGGGGUCUUCUGCCUGUUUUUUCAUUCACAGCUGCUUUUUUUUUUGCCUGAGAAGUGACAGCAUUGAUUUCAAGAAAAUCUGAAAGGUGACAAUUUUUUUAUGAAUCCAUUUCUCUAGAAAAAUUCCUGUUUGUGCCUUACAUUUUUGCCUGAAUAGGGAAUUUGGGAUUGUUCCUUAGCCCAGGAUCUCUCUUAAGUUUUCGGUGCAUCUUUUUUCCUAUUUACCUCAAUGAGUAGUGAAAAUUUUCAUUUCAAAAAUAUACCUUGAAAUAUCUGAUACAAAGCAUUUUUCAAGUACAUAUUAGCAUUUGCGGCAGUAAUCACUUGGAACAUUUGCUUUCUAAAAAUCACUUUAUCUUCAAACAUAAAGUGGCAUAGAAAAAUGGUAAUCUUAUUUUAAUACUUAAAGGGUACUUAAGGUGCCAAAAUACUGACUUCAAAAUCCUUAUUACUUUUCCCAUAUUGUUUAUAUUUUAGUAUAUUACUUAGUAUAUUACUUAGUAUAUUUUGUAUCUGCAGUGUUGCAACAGGGAAAACUAGUAGGUUGUUGGUAGGAUAUGCAAAGAAAAUAUUUCUCAGACACAGUAUUCUGAUCAUUUGCUAUAAAUGUAACUUCUUUUGAAAAGCACCUAAGAGGAAAAGGGAAAGAAAAAGUGUUUUAAUUGUUGCAAAAUAUUUUCACAUUUUUAGUUAAGUUCUGCUUGUCAUAUGAACUUUUGAUAUACUAAUUUAAGACAAUAGUAUAAUUGAUACUGCAGAAAGGAAUGCCCACAGAUGCUACAGUGAUCCCAAACUUGUAGUUACAUCUGUGCAAAUGGAUCCUUAUACUUAACAUGAAAUCUCAUUUUUUAAUCAAUAUAUGUCGUAGGCAAUUCUCUAAUCUGAUGCUGUAACUGUGUAGUCUUGCCUGCAAUGCAGACAAAAAUUGUAAAACUAAUGUCUCUGGAUGGUCUACAUGUUAAAAGCAUACUGUAAUACUUUUCAGUUUUCAUUGUAAUCCAAUGGCGAUCUGACAAAAAAAUGAGUGAUCAUCAUGUAGAAUAUUGCCAUAGUGAUUUUUUUAUUUACUGCCAAAUAAAAAUUAAGCCUAACUUUGAA